GGCGAUUAUUACGAGAAAACUUGCACCCUCCUUGCGAGCGAAGCCCAUGUUGAUCGACGUAACCGCUGUUCAACCUGGGAUUGGCCCUGACAGCCAUGGACGGGACGCAGCGAUGCACGAUCUGGGUAGUGGCCUUGGUCCUCCUGGCGAGCGUUCACUCCACCGCCGAAAUCGUCGAGUUCGAGGUAGAGCACGGACCGCUGCAGAACGUCAUUUACCUCAGCAUCGAUGACGGCGUGGUCGUGGUGGGCGGCCGUAACGCCCUCUACAAGCUAUCCCCAGACCUUAAACUGGAGGCCAAAAAGUCCACGGGACCCCGUCUUGAUAAUCCCCAGUGCACCCCGGACCCUUUGGAGUGCGCUGAGGGCAGAACUUUCACAGACAAUGACAACCAGGUACUCACAACGUUUGGUCCUGUAUAUCCCCUUGUGCUCGCUUGCGGGACCAUCUGGCAGGGUAUCUGCUCGUUUCAUGAUGUACGGAAAAAACUGAACGUCUCUAUAACAAUGGAUAAAAAAUUGUACGUCAACUACGUUGCCUCUCGUGUCAGCACGGUGGCACUCUCCUUGGGGCACAUCCUGUUAGCCGCGUCUACCUACGACGGCCGCCCGUUCAACUACCACCCAUUCUCGGUGUCGGCGCGCGUCCUGAACUCGGACGGUUCCGACUUCAAGUUAUACUGGUUGGAAUAUUAUGGGUCCUCCUCCAUCAACAUAAGUCGGUCGCUGAAGAAGUCCUACAAGGUGCGCUACGUGUACGGCACGAGCCGUGACAUAUUCGCCUACUUCAUCGCGGUGCACAACACGGGCCUGGCCCUGGAACUGUUCGAGACACGGAUAUCGCGGGUCUGCGUGACCGACCGUACCUUAUUGACAUACACCGAGCUGCCCAUCCGCUGUGGCAGGGGAGAGUUCGGGUUCCCGAUCGCCCAGGCUGCGUCCGCCGGACCAGGGUUCCAUGGGGGCGACGGACUGGUACUGGUGGCCUUCGGCAAGCCCUCCGGAGGCCGGAUGCAGGAGAACGACGCCAGCGCCGGCUCGGCCGUCUGCUCUUUCAGGAUGGACGACGUCCAUGAUGCCUUUUACGGAGCCAUCCGAGAGUGCGAUUUGGGCAAGCCGACGUCCAAGUUGUCGCAACUCUACCACCAGCGCGGCACAAACUUGGAGUGUCAUCGCCAAAAAUCAAGAAGGUUCUUUUGCGAGCCCAUCGGGAAUAGCUUCAUCGAAGGAACGAUUCCCCUGUCCGGAACCCUGGUGCUGCACCUUCAGGACAGGCUGGUCACGUCGGUGACUGUCCUGCGACAGAACAUGAGUGUCGUCGCCUGGAUUGGGGACAACAAGGGCUUCCUGUACAAGUAUAAGCUGGAAGAAUCGGCCUGGACCUUGCUGUACUCCACCGACCUGAGUGGGGGCCUCGGAACGGCCAUCGAGAAGUCCACAGCCGUGGAUCCGGACGGAAACUUCGCAUAUUUUCUGACGGGCAAGAAGGUGGUGCGUGUUCCGGUGGGCUUGUGUUCUCUCUACGAGAGGUGCUCGGACUGCAUGAACAGCACCGAAGACCCGCUGGUGUGCGGCUGGUGCGGUUCUUAUUGCGCCACUUUUGACGAGUGCCCUCCCACUACAAACUUUAUCGUGCAAGGCUGUCCCAUUCUCCUGAAAAAGGUGUCGCCGACCAAGGGUCCCAGUUCCGGAGGCACGCUCCUGACCCUGGAGGGCGACAACUUUGGCUCCCCCACGCACAAACCUCACAGCUCCAUCCAGAUCACCCUGGGCAACAAGCCCUGCGCACUGGUCCACUGGAAUUUCACCUUUGUGCAGUGCAAGACGCCGGCCGGCAAGAGCGACACCCUGGUGGACAUCAUGGUAAACGUGAACGACACCUACUGGGACACGGAAAAGUCCUUCGACAUCCUGGACAGGAAAGUGGCUGCCACGGCAUUCCAGUACCAGAUGUCCACGUUCAGCGGCAUAACCCCGAGCUACGGGCCCAGAGCAGGCGGCACGAGCAUUGCGGUGCACGGGACAAACCUGGACAGCGGCGCUUUGCCGACGGUCAGCGUCGGAAGCCACCCGUGUCACAUCCACAGCGUUACCAACGUGACCAUCCUGUGUUCCACGAGUCGACUGAAGGGUUCUCAUCCCGGAGGUGACGAGACUCAUCGGGUGACCUUGAGGAUCGACGGACAGGAAGUUCCCUACGUUUCCAUGGAGGGACUCACCGGAACCUUCUCUUACAAGCCGAACCCUGUGGUUAACAAAAUCCGCCCUGCGUCUGCCCCAUUCAAAGGGAGGUCUAAGGUUCUGGUGCUGGGAGAGAAUUUGGACAGCGUCGUCAAGCCGGUCAUGGUGACGCGAGUCGCAUCCUUCAACAACAAGCAUUAUGAAAACAUCUCCAAGGAGUGCGUGCCGGCGGACGACGGCCACAGCCUGGCGUGUCCCGUGGCCUCGCUGUUCGACUCCUCGGUCAUCCCCAAGGACGAGCUGCAGAACCGCAGGGACCCGAUCUGGGUGCAGGUGCACUUCCAGAUGGACGGGCUCCGACUGCCCGAGAGGGCCGCCGGCAUGGAGUUCGCGUACAGGCCCUCGCCCAAGUUCUACCUCUUGCCGCCGGGCGGGCUCGACGUGCGCGACGACGACCCCACCGUACUUAUCAGGGGCCACAACUUCAAAGUGCUGGAGCACGACGACGAGUUUAGCGUAAAGAUAGACGAGGUGGAUCAGGCGUGCAAGGUGAUAAAUAUUACGUCGACCACCAUUGUGUGCUCCUACAAAGUCCAUGAAGAGAGCGAAGACGCCGCCCAUACCGUAGAUGUGGUUAUGGGCAACAAGACCUUCAGGCUGGGCACGUUUAAACUCGUCUCGGUCCAGGAUUCGUGCCACUUGGGUACCAUCGCAGGUGUCGUCAUCACCAUUAUCGUGAUCACGCUCAUCCUCGACGGGGCCUUCUUCUACUACAAGCGCAGGCCACCGAACAAGAGGACUCCCGAAAAAUUCGUCGAGGACGACAACCGCACUGGCGAAAAUGGCGGAAGACCUUUAUAAACAAUCGAACAAUCAAUCAAUUUUAUUUCCUUUUUAUCUAAAAGGGGAA